GAUAAAACAGAAACAAAGAUGAUUAAAAGAAUUCUUCACUCUUCCUUGUUAUUCCUUCUACUGCUUGAAAACUCUGUAGCAGAUUCAAACAAUGAUAUUGCCAUUUACUGGGGUCAAAAUGAUGGAGAAGGUACCCUAACAGAAACAUGUUCAACAGGAAAAUACUCCUAUGUGAUCUUAGCCUUCCUGAACAAUUUUGGAAAUGGAACAGUGCCUACUAUUAAUCUUGCAAGUCACUGUGACCCUCUUAUGGAUGGUUGCAAAACAUUGAGCACAGACAUAAAGAAUUGCCAAAUGCAAGGGAUCAAAGUGUUGCUCUCAAUUGGAGGAGCAGAUGGGAAUUACAGCCUAGCUUCCUCUGAUGAUGCCAAGAAUGUUUCUGAUUACUUGUGGAACAGUUUCUUGGGUGGCAAGUCAUCUCCCUCGUCGCGUCCGUUAGGGGAUGCUGUGUUAGAUGGAAUUGACUUUGACAUUGAGAUUUCGCCACCACAACACUGGGAGGAGCUCGCGCGCUACCUCGAGUCGCAUAGCACGCCGGCAAGAAAGGUUUACCUAAGUGCAGCACCUCAGUGUCCAUUUCCUGAUGCUGAACUUGGCAUUGCACUUUCCACAGAGGUUUUUGACUAUGUUUGGAUCCAGUUCUACAACAAUCCUGGUUGUGAAUAUGAAGAUGGUGAUGUCAACAAUUUGUUGAACUCUUGGAAUCAAUGGACUAAAUCUGUGAAAAAUGGGAAAGUCCUUUUGGGAUUGCCGGCGUCUCGUGAAGCUGCAAGCAAUGGCUAUGUUCCAGUUAAUGUGUUGGUAACAGACAUUCUACCUGCCAUAACGAAGUCACCUAACUAUGGAGGUGUGAUGCUGUGGACAACAUACUAUGAUAAACAAACUGGAUACAGCAACUACAUCAGAAGUUUUUCUUGCACACAACAGAACCAUACUGAAUGCAGAGGAAAUGAUGAACACAAAGCAAACAAAUGGUGGAUAUGGCUUAUGGUUGGGGUUGGAGCAGCAUUUGCAAUAACAUGUUUUAUCCUCUGCUUAUGUUGUGUCUCAAGGAGAAAAGAUAAAUCACAAGUGGAUGGAAAAUUGGACAAAAAGAUAUCAUUUACUGAACCCAAUGGAGUGAAUCCAAACAAAACAGAAAACAUCAAACUAGAAGAAAGGAGAAGUAAUGAGGUGAAAGUAUUCAGUUUUGAAAGCAACAUUGCAGCCUCAAACAAUUUCUCAUCCAUUAAUAAGGUGGGAGAGGGUGAUUUUGGUCCUGUUUAAGUGUUUAUAAGAUUGUGCAGUAGACAAACCAACUAUGGAAGAUGUUUUUGUUUGCUCUAAAAUGAUGCAAUUGAUCUUGCUCACCUAAAGCGACCACCAUUCUUCACCAUGAAGUUCAGCACUCAAAAAACGCUGUCAUCUUUUUUAAGGAAUAUAAUGGUAAAAGUUGAGUACUAAUAUAUAUGUCCUCUUAUAGGAAGUCCUUUUUUUUAAUACAUUUUAUA